AAGGCUAGGAGCAUUACUGCAUAGGGUGGUGGGGAUUGGACUGCUCUACCUUAUCUUCUCCAUCAUAGAAGGUGUACUGAGAGUCAACACGGCUGAAGAUGACCUGGUGUUGCUGGCUGCCAUCCCCUUGGCUAUUCUCGACUCUACCCUCUGCUGGUGGAUCUUCAUUAGCCUGGCCCAGACGAUGAAGCUCCUUCGACUGAGGAGAAAUGUGGUCAAGCUGUCCCUUUACCGACACUUCACCAACACUCUCAUAUUCGCUGUCUUUGCUUCUGUUAUAUUUAUUGUGUGGACAACGAAGACGUUCAAGUUAUCCAAGUGCCAGUCUGACUGGAGAGAGCUGUGGAUCGAUGAUGCCUUCUGGCGCUUCCUGUUCUCUAGUAUCCUGCUUGUCAUCAUGUUCUUAUGGAGGCCGUCAGCCAACAACCAGAGGUAUGCCUUCAGUCCACUGGUGGAUGAGGUUAGUGAGGAAGAAGAGGAGCAGUUAAUGAAUGAAGCCUUCGAUGGUGUGAAAAUGAGAGGGAUGAAACCAGAGACCAAUGGAAGUGCAAAACCCAGCAAAGUGGAUGAAGAUCUCAAAUGGGUCGAGGAGAACAUUCCCUCAUCAAUGGCUGAUGUGUAAGUCCAGG